AUGGAUAAUCCUCGUUUUCAGAACUAUCCGGCAGCUCGCAAAGGGCCCGACGAACCAUACAAGAAAGAGGACCUCGCUUUGCCAGUCCUCCGAGGACAGUCAUUAAGCAUUGGCGCAACCGUCAUCCAUCAUUUAGCAUUCCUCCAAAAUCAUCUAUGGCACAGCAGCGGCCUAACCACUUUCCGAAAAGCAGAAAACAUACUCAACUCCUAUCCGCCGCGAUUUGAUCCUACAGUAUGGCCUAUAGUGAGCAACGAGUCGACACCACUGCUGGCUUCGCUCCCGGCUCCUCAAGAACAGCGCGGAUCUAGCGCUUCAGGCUUCUGGACCUCGGCAGAUUACCACCAGCGCUAUUUAUCCGGAGAAUUGACUCCCACAAUCGUCGCUGAGACGUUGCUGCCCAUGAUCCAAAAAGAUACCCACCCACCGGGGAAAUCUGCUAUUGGAUUUUUGGAAUCCAAAGUUGAUAUUGUCAGAGCUGCGGCUGCGGCAUCAACGAAGCGGUAUAGAGAAGGCAAGCCCUUCGGCCCGCUAGAUGGUGUCCCUGUUGCUGUUAAGGAUGAGGUCCACCUAAAGGGUUAUAAGAGGACACUUGGUAGUAAGCUUGACUUCUCGCAUGGGUUUGAUGUAACUUCUUGGUGUGUUGAGAAGUGGGAGGAGGCUGGGGCUAUUAUCAUUGGGAAGACAACUAUGCAUGAGAUUGGAAUUGACACAACGAACAAUAAUCCAAAUUCAGGAACCCCACGCAAUCCAUAUAAUCGCAACUACUACUGCGGCGGUUCAUCUGGAGGAUCAGGUUACGCUCUCUCUACAGGUCUUGUUCCGAUUGCUCUUGGUGCCGACGGGGGAGGCUCUAUCCGAAUCCCAUCUUCAUACUGUGGUGUAUACGGCCUCAAAACGACCCAUGGACGCAUCUCUGCUGCGCCUACACCAUCACUAGCGCCUAGUGUAGGCGUCUAUGGACCCAUGGCUUCUAGCAUCGAUGAUCUCACCCUUGCAUACCGACUCAUGGCUGCCCCCCCUUCCAUCGAAGCCGACAGCAUCGCAUCCGGAUUCCCCAACCCGCUUGCCGAAAUUCGUUCUGACCCCGGUAGCAAGAUAAUCGGCAUAUUCCGUCCAUGGAUCGACCGCUCUGAACCCUCGGUCCGCAAAAUCUUCGAUCAAACCAUCCAGCACCUCCAAAACGUCAAGGGCUACAACACCAUCGACAUUGAAAUCCCCUAUCUCCCUGAAGGCCAACAAGCGCACGCCCUUACAAUCCUCGCCGAACUCGCCGCUGGAAUACCAUCAUCAGAUGUAACCUCUUUACUACCUCAUACCAAAGUACUCAUCAGCGUCAGCGGCAGCAAAUCUACCGGCACAGAUUAUAUCGCCGCUCAAAAGCUGCGGAGCCUACUCAUGUCUCAUCUAUCGCAUCUAUUCACUACGCAUCCAGGUUUAUUGAUUCUGACCCCCACUGUGCCUAUACCAGGAUGCGAAAUCAAAGGUGGAGAUAAGGAUUUGUCACAUGGAAUCAUGGAUGCGUUGACCUCCACGCGCAGUAUGGAGUAUGUCUGGCUGGCGAAUUUUACCGGUUGUCCGGCUAUAAGUUUUCCAGCGGGGUAUGUUGAUGGUUCUGGUAUACCGGUUGGUGUGAUGGCGAUGGGGGAAUGGGGUUGUGAAGAAAGUUUACUGAGGUUCGUGAGGGAUACUACGGAUACAGGAUUGUUAGGAGCUGAGGGGCGGUUGAGGACGCCGGUCGUUGAGCAAAAGGGAAGAGAGGAUGUGGCGUGGGUGGAUGUUAUUGGAGAAGCGGAGGCGAAGAUGAGUGGCUCGAAUAAUAGCAAGUUGUAG